ACGACUGGUAAAGAAACUAUGAAAGGAAGGGUGGGAAUGCUGCCGUGUAUAUAGCAUCGUGUGUUGUAACAAUGGCGGACUGUCCGAGCGAAGUGCGUAAUCGGAUUAGGGUUGGACUGCUCACAGUGAGUGACACCUGUUUUUCAAAGAAAGCAGAUGACAAAAGUGGAGCUGGUCUCCGUGCUCUCAUUCUAGAAGAUCGAAUUAUUCCAGGUGUAGUUGAAGUACAACAAGUGGUUGCAGAUGAACUACUUGAAAUUAAGGAUAUUUUGAAAGAUUGGUGUGAUAACCUGAAAUUAGACCUAAUUCUAACCACAGGAGGCACUGGUUUUUCCCCUCGUGAUGUCACCCCAGAGGCUACCAAGAUGGUCAUUGAGAAGGAAGCACCAGGACUAUCUGUUGCAAUGAUUCAAAAAUCCCUUGAAAUCACUCCUAUGGCUGUGCUAUCUCGAUUAGUGUGUGGUAUCCGUGGUCAGACCCUAAUAAUAAACUUGCCAGGCAGUGCUAAAGCAUCUAAGGUAAGAUAUAUGCUUUAUUUCAGAUUUGGUAUGCACAUGCACACGCAUUUAAACACAUGCACUUAAACAUUUGUAAAUAAA